AUGAUGCGAAUCUAUAGUGUCGUCUCGUCGCUUCCGCAGCAAAGCGGCCAGGCUAUCAAGAACGAGGUGUUUCCGGAUGUCUUGCCCUUCUUUGAGGACAAGAGAGUACUAUUUUCAGAUGGUCUGAACCACACCACACUGCUGCCUCGGGACGGUUUGGAGGAUGUGCUGGCCAGCCCCAUCGUCCCCUUUGAUGCAGUUGGCGAAGGAGAUCGUCUUGAAGUGGUUGUGAACGGCUCCGAUGUCCGGAAAAGCACCUCGUGGGAGCCCUGCGUGGUUCAAGCCCUGAAUCCGCAGACGGGCGUGUUGGACUUGGAGUUGAUAGCUCCAAGCGCGCGUGCCGGCCUGCAUGUGAGGCAAAGCUGGGGGCUGGCACGCUUCUUCCCAUGGCGUUUCGCGACGGUCCAACAGAAUGACACAGUGCUGGUUGGAACCGAGAGUGGCUGGAAACCAGCCCAAAUACUGGCAAAAACGCUUGAGAACGAUACUGUCGAUCUCGUCUUCCCUGACGGCGCGAAACUGCAGUCUGCGCGCCCGCGCGUCAAGUUGCAAGACCAAGCUACGCAAUUUGAUCAAGGUGCUGCGUACGGCGAUCUGGCAGAAGGCGAGCGCAUCAAAGUUGAGACUUCGCGCGGUUGGGAGAUAGCAACUGUCAUCAAGAAGCACGAGCAGCACAAGUCUCUGGACAUAGAGAUGUUCCCAGAUGGGGAAAGAUUCCUGGACUGUAAGCCCCUCGUACACAAGCCCAAGACAGCGGCGAACGAAGCUGCUCUGGCGCUGUGGGCAGACAACCAGCGCCUGCGAAAACGAUUAGCCGUCUUAUCGAGCUUGAAGGCAGUCUUUGCUUCUACGGCCAUGGCAAAGGUGGCAUGGUAUGUGGCUCGCCACCACAUUGAUGACUAUGACGUGUACAAGCACCAAUCAGCUUGCGUGCAAUGGGCUGGAUCCGUCAUGGAGGUUUUGGUGGAUCACUGCUUGGGCAUUCCCGAGGAUGCCAUUGUGUCUGUUCGCUGUGGCGGGAUGCGACGCCAGGCUCCGUUGGAGACCCUCACGGCUCAGCCGCUCAAGUUUCCUGUGACGCUCGAAGGGGUGUCAGAGCCGUUGAAAAUCGACGUGCUGCAGCCAGUGGCCACUACGCGACUGGUUCUGCACCCGCAUGAAGAGCUCUACAGUAUCGGCUUCGAGCAAUCCACGGAUAUGGUGAUCGGCCUCAAACUGAGACCACAGAGCGACCAGCCAGAGUGCAUUGUACAGGAAGGCACAGCCCACAAUUUCAAGGACGCGGCUGCUUCAGCAAAGGACUACUUGGAGCAGCAUGGCCUUUUGAGGUAUGUUCAGUCAAUGCUUCAUGCUGUCAUCCAAGUGAGACCAAAGGAUCCGUACGCAUACAUGAUUGAGCAGCUCAGUGCAGCGCAAAGCAAGACCCGAACAUUAGAGCGGUUGGUGUCCAGGCCAAGUAGCGCCUUACCAGACAGGCGGACGAACCCUGCGACUCCCGUAUCUCCCGUGGCUCCCGUAUCUCCCGUGGCUCCCGUGACCCCCGUGCCGCCCCGUGAGCCUCCACCCAGCUGCUCGCCCACACGGCCUCGUCCUCCAAGCUCGGAGCUCCUCCACGUGGCGGGUCCUACUGGUGGGGCUACUGCGGCUACGGGGGCUAGAUCUGAAGGCGACACGUGUGAAGCAGGUGAAGCAUGUGAAGCGCCAAGUCCCAGUGCUCCGAAGGAAAAGGCAACGAGCCCCCGCCAGUCUGGCUCCACGCGGCCUUCGGAGCCCUCGGAGCCUCCCCCGACCCAAGCGACCCAAUCGACCCAAUCGACCCCGAGCGCUCCGAGCGCUCCGAGCCCUCCGGUGCAUCCCUUGGAGGAUCUGCGGCUGCUUUUGAAAAACAAGCUCGAGGAUGCCUACAAGUCUGGACAGUUGGAGGAUGUGGUGGCACAGGCAGUGGGGCUGCCGCAGAAGCCAGCCCCGGAAACAAAGGACAUGAGACCGCGGCAAGGAGAGAAGCGAGGACCGAUGCGUGAACUUGAUAGCUUUGCAUCUUUGAAAGGUAACUUGAAAUCGGUCCUUUUCGAUGCCGUGGACAAUGGUGCCUUGCACAACACGCUUGCAACUGUCGGCAAGAAAAUCAAGACGUCUGAAGGCCAGCAGACGAUGAAGAUCAGUGAGGACCUCGAUGCAGUUGCCUCCGUCAAGAUGAGGUUGAAGGAGCAUUUGCACGAAGCCAUCUCAUCGGGUACUCUGGGACCAGUGCUGCAGUCAUAUGCUAGGCCAGAUGAGGGUCUGCAUCAGGUGAGCCCCCAGUGCAAGCAGGAAAGUGUGCAGGAAUUACGUGGAAAGAUGAGGGAACUCUUGCAAGAAAGUGUCUCUACUGGCAACCUGCAAGAAGCUUUGGACCAACUCGCGCAGACCAAAGCUUGCCAAAGGCAGCCUCUGGAGGCCAAGGAAGCCAAGGAGGCCAAGGAGGCCAAGGAGGCCAAGGAGGCCAAGGAGGCCAAGGGGGCGGCGAAGCCUGGAAAGCAGGCGCGGGCGGAGGCCGCGACCUCCGUGACCCGUGACAGUGAGUUGCUCGGGCUGAAAGCUGAGAUGCUUGCGCGGGCGGAGGCAGCUGUGGAUUCGGGUGACCUUGGAAGAAUUCUCGCCAGCCUUCCCAGAGCGCAAGAGCCUGCGCCCAAAGCCACGAAGAAGGCCGAGGCUGCCGCUGGAGCUGCCGCCGGAGCGGCCGCCGGAGCUGCCGCCGAAGCUGCCACCGGAGCUGCUGCCGGAGCUGCCGCUGGAGCUGCCGGAGGAACUGCCGGAGGAGCUGCUGGAGUUGCCGGAGCUGCCGGUGCUGCCGGAGGUGGCGGAGCGGGCGCUGAGGUCGAGGACUUGGGUGACUUGGCCGCAAUCAAGAGGAAGCUGCGCGGGCUCCUUGAGGAGGCAGCCGAAUCCGGCAAACUGCAGAGCACGCUGCAACGCUUGGAGUUGACUGAGCCCGACGUGUUGGACCUAAAGUCGCUGCACGCCGAACUCUCAGUAAUGAAGCAGGAAAAGAAAGCGUUAAAUCAAACAGUUCACCAGCUCACAGCUGAGAUGGACGUGCUCAAGAAAGAGAAUGAUGACCUUGCCAGAACGCUUGGCAGCUUGAUGAAGGACUGA